GUAGAACGUCGGGGCCCCGCCCGUGUGAGCCCGAGGGCGGCCGCUGGCCGGUUCCUUUGUCAGCUCCGGCCUCGGGGCCCCCUCCGUCCACGGAAGGGGCUGGGGAGAAACCGAGGCCUGAGACCUGCCGGGGCCCCCUUGCCGGCCCGGAGCUCGGAGGGGAGGGAGUGCGGGUCUCGGCGCGGGGUCGCGGGCUGUCCCCGGUGGUCUGCUCCCCAGCGGCUCGCAGGACCCCGGUGCCAGCGGUUCUUUUGAGGCCGUCAGUUCCGGUGCUUGAGAUUUCAGCCCUGAAUCUCGUUGGAACAGUUCGGAGAGGGGAAAGGGGGCGUUGUGGGUUUGCACUUGGCUGGCAGUGAAAAGGAAGACCGGACAGGCAGAUGGAAUGAAAGCCAGGAGACCUUUAAGAAGAUGAGGCAGAAGGAAGUAUUAACCAAGACCUUCCAAGGCCCGGUUGUGUGUAGGACUCCCAGCAGCCACGUUUACGUGUUUAAGGAUGGCAGCGGAGACUCAGGGGACUCCUCUGAGGAAGAGUCAGGCCGGGUGGUACUGCGGCCCCGGGGCAAGGAGCGCCACGAGGACUGCGCCCACCGCCCUCACCAGCCAGGAGCCGCCGACGUGGUGCUGCUGCAGCGGGAGCUGGCCCAGGAGGACAGCCUCAACAAGCUGGCACUGCAGUACGGCUGCAAAGUGGCAGAUAUUAAGAAAGUCAACAACUUCAUCCGUGAACAAGACUUAUAUGGUUUAAAAUCUAUUAAGAUUCCAGUGAAAAACCACGGGAUCCUAACAGAGACGCACAAAGAGCUAAAACCCCUCCCGAGCCCAUCCUCAGAGACCAGAGUGACCUUCACGGAGCUGCCCGACCCAGAGAGAGCAGCUGCAGAUGCUGGGGGCCAGUCCAGCCAGCUGACAAAUUUCUUUAAGGGGAUUGACCAGAACAUUGAGCGUGCGGUGCAGUCAGAAAUCUUUCUACGUGAAAGUUAUUGCAUCGAGACCCCCGGUCAGCCGCUGCUUCCUGCUACUCAGAAGAUGCCAACAAAUGGUGCAGACUGUGGAAUCCAGUGGUGGAAUGCUGUUUUUAUCAUGCUCCUGAUUGGGAUUGUUUUGCCAGUGUUUUAUUUGGUCUAUUUUAAAAUACAGGCUACUGGCGAGACACCUGGUAGCUUGAACACAACAGCUGUCCCCAAUGGCUCGAUAGCAAUGACUGCGAUUCCAGGGAAAGCCCCCAAAUUAGCGGUGCCAGUGCCAGCCAUCCCCUCUUCAGACGGCCAUUUUGGUCAGACCACCCAGACAGGGAACUAAGCUUUUUGUUUUCAGAGAAUUAGCCCAGCUUUAGCAGCUGGGUUCCUGAUGUGCAUCAGCUGUCACUGGCCACGUCCUGGGGGGCUGUGUUUUCUCCUCUGCGACUGGACUGAUCGGUGGCAGUGACUGCCGUGUUCUCGGUGGCGCUCACCUGGGGAACAGCCCCCCACCUGACUCAAGGCUACAGGACCAAAACACUGCUUCAGCCUCCUGCAUUUGGAGAGGUGAGAGAGACCUUGACAGGUGACAGGUUGUUGCCUCUUAAGGACAUUUAGUGGACUGGCUGUGAGUGUCCCCCAGGUUGGACGUGCUGGGGAAGACGAAUGGCCUUAACAAGGAGGCCUGCAGUGUGGGCUGCACUUGGGUCGGCUUCUGGCUGCCUGGCUGUUUGCGGCUCCAGGCCUGCCAUGGAGGGGGACUGGCUGUGAGAAGGGGUGCCGUAUGUCUCCCCAGCAAAGCUGCUUCAGCCUCCUUUAGGGAGUGACUGGUUCAAGUUGUAACAAGCCCUACUUCAUGUCUGCCUCAUCAGUUAGCCUUUGUGAGGCAGUGUCAUUUCUACACUUGAAAAAGCCUCCAAUCCAAGCUGCUGUAAUACUGAGGAAACUCCAGUCGUCUUCCUUGCACUUUUAGACACACCUAGUCUGAAACACAAGCGUGUUUUAAGUCACAGGAGGGUGUGGCCAGCACUUCCUGGCAGGACGCACAGGACCAUUGCCCAGCUUCACAGGAGUAAGCAUUCUUUGAAAGCCAUCUUGCUGGCACGGGGUCCAGAUCUGAGUGGGUGUGGAGAGAAGGAUGAAGGCCUGUCUUUAAUGAGGCUCCAGCAUGUGUGUACUUCCAUCGGCCCCUCUUUCAAGGCCCUGCAGAGCCCCUGGAAGGGUGGUGCCGGGGGCACGGGGCACUCAGCCCGCUCCUUCCCCCACUCCGUUCUCAGAGGUGCUGGAGCCACAGCACAAGACGCUUCCUAGGUGAUGCCCCUAGAGUAAACUCUACAUACAGCAUAGCUUCGUACUGAAAGACUCAACGCUUAGCGGGGGUCUAGAGGGUUGACAGGCCGUCAAAGGAGGAGGUCUGGUGCCUGCUGGCCUGAGGUGUGUCCUGGGAGAACUCUCUCUGUCCCCUCCACCCAAGACAGGGCAGCAGCGAUGCUGAGGCUGGAGGGGAGGGGCCGAGGGGUGAGGGAACCUGCUGCCCAGGGGGCUGGUUUGGCAGGAGGCCAGCCUCGGCGUCACGGAGGAGUGGAAAUGGACUAGGGUGGCUUGUGGCUCAGCCUCAGAGACGUUUACAGGGAGCCAAAUGCCGAGCUUUGGGGGUGGUGGAUGGCACUGGACCACGUUGGCUUGGCUUUUGGAACGGGGUGGCUUUGGUAAAGCCUUGACACAUCCCUGAGAGGAGGAAGUGUAGAGGAAGAGUCCUCAAAUUGGCCUUCCAUUUUCUUAUCAGUUCCUGUGAAAAAGCAGCGAUUUGCCCAGGUUCAAUUACCACACUUAAAUUAUUUUUAAAAUUUAAUGUUUCCUUAAAUACCAAAAUGAUCUCCGGGUUAAGAUGAACUUGUGAAACUUUGCCACGGGACAUGUUUUCAUCAUGUAAUUGCUCUUCUGGCCAAAUGUUUGUGCUGGCUAUGCCACCAGGGGGCACAGUUCCUGUCACACCUGUCACCACAACCCAGGCAGAGUCAGCCCCAUGGGAAAGUCACUUGCCAGGCAAAGAACAAAUAUCUGUAUCUUUUACUUUUCUCAAAUGGAAUAAAAUAAUUUCUUCUGUGAAGGAAAAUUGAGUCCUCCCUUUUUAAUUUGGGGGUUGAUAAUUCGGAAUUAAAAAAUAUGGGACAAUGGUGGAGAAGAAGGUGUCCAGGUCCCCAGGGUCCUCUGUGCCUGGAUACAGCAGCCCAGGGGCCUGGGCCAGCGUUCCAUGAGCCGGCAAGGACAGGACGUGUAACCAACAGACUGGCUGACUGGCCUGCGUGACAGGCUUUACAGCUGUAUUAUUGGGUAUGCAUAAGACAACCAUGGAGCUCAUUGCAUAUUUUCUUUUUCAGUGUCUGGGAAUGAAUGCUUUAAAGAAAUAAUUCGAUUUGUUGUCUUCGGUCUUUCUGGUUGAAUGAUGGUGGGUUCACACUGGUUAAGAGCUCAGCUGCUAACCAAAAGGUCGGCAGUUUGAAUCUACCAGUUGCUCCUUGGGAACCCUGUGGAGCAGCUCUCCUCUGUCCUGUUGGGUCGCUAUGAAUCA